AUGUCACCAGAAAAAGUUAAAGCUUUACCGAAGGCUUACAUUUAUACAGUAGUCGAUCGAUAUCGUGGAAAAUCUCAAUGGUGGAAUGUGAAUGAAUAUAAAAUUGAAAGUGGAGGAUUAAAAGCAGAGAAAACACUGACAUCCAUUAAGUGGUUAAAAUGUGAAAAGAUACCAAUUCAUGAUCUUGGAAUGCAAUGGACUUACAGUAAUGGUACUGUACAAGUUGAUAGUGGAAAUUGCAAUGAUACAAAUAAAAAAUGGAAUGUCACAUGGCUUGGAGAUGGCACUUCUCGACUCUCACCGCAAAACAAUGCUAAUUAUGCACUGGAUGCUUAUACUACAACAGCAUCAAUUGGUGGAGCUCAAACAAGGAAUUGGUCAGGUGAUUUCACCCAAGAAUGGUUCACUAAAACACAAGAAAAUAGCACAUAUUUCAUUGCACUGCGCAAUGCAUGGUGGCGGAUAUUUACGGUCUUUGAGACAUCGAAGAUUGGUAUGGUCAAUCGUAUCUAUGGUGAUCUUCAAUGCUGGAUCUUAAUCAUCGUUUGA